GGCUUUUUCUCCGUCAUUCCCCACUCAAGUGUUUCUCUCUCUAAAAUCAGGAAACCCUCGCUCCCUCUCUCUCUCUAGGAACCGAAAUCCAUUUCCUUCCCCAAAUCGGAAUGGCGUCGCCGCGCGAGGAGAGUGUGUACAUGGCGAAACUGGCGGAGCAGGCCGAGCGCUACGAGGAGAUGGUGGAGUUUAUGGAGAAGGUCGUCGGAGCAGCCGACGGCGACGAGCUAACCGUCGAGGAGCGGAACCUCCUCUCCGUGGCCUACAAGAACGUCAUCGGCGCCAGGCGCGCUUCCUGGAGGAUUAUUUCCUCGAUCGAGCAGAAGGAAGAGAGUCGCGGCAACGAGAACCAUGUGUCGGCGAUUAAAAGCUACAGAUCCAAGAUCGAGUCGGAGCUCUCCUCGAUCUGCGACGGCAUUCUGAAGCUCCUGGACACAAAACUCAUCGGAUCCGCUGGCACCGGCGACUCCAAGGUCUUUUACUUGAAGAUGAAGGGCGAUUACCAUCGCUAUUUAGCGGAGUUUAAGACUGGAGCCGAGCGAAAGGAAGCCGCUGAGAACACUCUCUCCGCCUACAAGUCUGCUCAGGACAUAGCUAAUGCUGAGCUGGCUCCAACUCAUCCAAUUCGUCUUGGCCUGGCACUGAAUUUCUCGGUCUUUUACUACGAGAUUCUGAACUCUCCUGAUCGUGCUUGUAAUCUCGCCAAACAGGCUUUUGACGAGGCUAUUGCUGAGCUUGACACUCUUGGGGAGGAGUCGUAUAAAGACAGCACCCUGAUUAUGCAGCUACUCCGCGAUAACCUUACUUUGUGGACUUCGGACAUGCAGGACGAUAACUCUGAGGAAAUCAAGGAAGCACCUAAGCCUGAUGCCGAGCAGUAAUCUUUUUUACUUUUUUAUUUUCUUGGUGUGUUGUUUAGGAUUUGGAUCUUUUUCUAAUUUUCUAUGAUAUAUUCUGCUUUGUUUGAAUGAUGAACUGCUGCCUUUAGCAUCUAGUUAGCCUGAUGGUCAACUUCUACGAUGACCUACUACUCGGUGAUUGAUGUCUUUUUAUAUCUCAUCCUGUUGUGCUUUCUCACAUUCCGUUUCUAUUCUGAACACUAACAUCUGUUCUGAAUUCGGUUAUGCAAUCCAUGCUUAUUUAUCUCC